UCGCGAUCGCGGUUUCGCGUGCUCUGGGGGUUUCGAUCGAUCCAGGGCGGCAAUGCAGCAGGGCGAGAAGAUUUCGGUCGCGAUCCGGGUGAGGCCGCCGAUCAGGCAGGAGCUUGUGAGAGGCAGCCAAUGGAAGCUUGGCGCUAGAACGAUCGCGCUGUACAAUGCGCUCGGCGCUCCUGUGCUGGGUCAAUCCUACAUGUUUGAUCAAAUAUUUACCAAGGAUGCGACCAAUGCGAGUGUGUAUGAGAUCCAUGCCAAGGAUCUCGUUCUAUCUGGGCUUCAAGGAUUCAAUGGAACAAUUUUUGCUUAUGGCCAAACCAGCAGUGGCAAAACCUAUACAAUGCGUGGGUCUGAGCGGGAUCCUGGGCUUAUCCAUCGUGCUAUAUGCGACGUUUUCAGCACCAUUCAGAGUAUACUAGACAGGGAGUUCUUGAUUCGGGUUUCAUACAUGGAAAUUUACAAGGAAGAAAUCAACGACUUGCUUGCUCCUGAAAAUCGGAAGCUUCGGAUACAUGAAAACUCCGUGCGGGGGAUUUUUGUGGCAGGAUUACGAGAAGAGAUUGUGAGCAGUCCAGGUCAGGUCUUUGAGUUCCUCAAAUUUGGAGAAGCUUACCGUCACUUCGGGAAAACCAACAUGAAUGUUUACAGUAGUCGAUCUCAUACCAUAUUCCGCAUGGUAAUUGAAAGCAGGGACAAAACAAACGAUGGUCAAGACGAUGCAUUGGACGCAGUUCGCGUGUCAACUCUCAAUAUGGUAGAUCUUGCAGGCUCGGAGCGUAUCGCCAAAACUGGAGCUGGUGGUGUUCGUCUCAAAGAAGGGACGCAUAUCAACAAAUCCUUGAUGACACUUGGAACCGUUAUCAGCAAGCUUAGUGAAGCUAGUGGCAAGCAAGGUGGACACAUACCAUACCGAAAUAGCAAGUUAACUCGGAUUCUGCAGUCUGCUCUGGAUGGAAAUGCUAAAACUGCCGUCAUCUGCACAAUUACUCCGGAUGAGAUGCAGCUUGAUGAGACACGAGGAACUUUGCAGUUUGCCAGCAGAGCUAAACGGGUUUCAACAUGUGCACAAAUUAAUGAGACAAUCACAGAUGCAGCCUUGCUGAAACGGCAAAAGAAAGAAAUCGAAGUAUUACGAAUGAAACUGCAGGGUACGAGAUCUGAAGUUUUGGAGAAGGAAAUAUUGAACUUGAGGAAUGAUCUGUUAAAGUUCGAGCUAGAACGUGAAAGACUGGCUCUGGAGCUUGAGGAAGAGAAAAAAGCUCAAAAAGAGCGCGAGAUAAGGAUUCAAGAACAGGAGCGAAAGAUUGAAAACCUGAGCACUCUAGUGAUUAGUUCUACGUGGGAUGAUCGCAAACCAUCAAGAAAGAGCAAUCGGCGUGAAACAUGGUGUCCACGCUUUGUCACUCCAAAAUCUCUAAAGGAUUCUGUAAACUUGGAGUCUCCAAUGGUUUCCGCUAGGAAGGAUACAGAUCUUACUCCAGUGGCCUUUGAAAUGCUCUUUGACGACGACAGCAACUUCAACGAUACUCCUCUAGAGGAAACACAAGCGGAGGUGGUUUCAAUUCCGUCAGACUUCGAAAAUGUUGCUGACGAGGAGACGUGGAUAAGUAUGAAUAAAGGGUACGUGAGAAGUGACAAUACGGAUUCAAUGUCUUCUGCUACUGAUAUUGCCGUAAAGAAUUUGGCUGAUGAGUUUGAAUCAUCUGAUUUACAGACACAAUAUGACGUGCUGCAGCAAGCCCUCGUUUCCAAGGACGAGGAGCUGACACGAAUGAGGACAGAGCUUUACUCUUCAAUGUUAGAAAAGAAAUGCUUAGAGGAGGAUUUAUUGCAAGAAGUGCUCUUUCGGCAAGAGCUGGAGAAACACGUCGCACACUUGGAGAAGGAGGCGGUCGUGGGUAUAGCACAUGCAGGGAUUCUGGAGGACGUUUUUAAAGACUGCCGAUCUUUAGUCUUGUCUGCCAUCCAAGAAGCAAAAGACUUUAUGUGGACGGCCAUGCUGGGCGUCAGUGAUAAGCAAACUAACGGGGUCGAGUGUCUGACUUUAGAGAAGGAAAGUGAGUGUAGUGCGCGACAGCAACUCGAACCAAAGGGAAGAUAUACAGACGAAGUUGAGAGAAUGGAUGAGAUUGACCAACAGUGUAAUCUCGACAGGAGAAAGUUUUCUGACGCAUAUUAUUCAAGAAUAACAGAACUCACGGAAACGGAAAUCCAGUUGAAGCAUGUGUUGGAGCAAUGUAUUUCACAGCUGAUGAAUACCAAGAGUGUCAACAAGCUCCUUUUCGCUGAAAACGCCGCGCUUUUAAGUGCCAACGCCAGGUCCCAGGAAACAAUUGAUUUUAUGUACGGGAAGAUUGAGGUUUUGACGGACCGCAUACGUGAGUCCGACGUCCAGAUUCGGCAUUUCAUCUCGAGCUCACAGGUGAAUAGUUUGCCUGUCUUGACAACAAGAAAUUCCGGGAGAUUCGGCACUAAAGCUAUGACGAACCAACGCUGCAACAACAUUACUGGUAUGCUAGUUUUGUUAUUCACAGCAUUCUUCACUCAGGUAGAGAGGGUGAGAUUCCUAGAAGAGCAGCUGGCAGCUGCUUUGAUUAGCGCGAGUUAGUUAAUGUACAGGUAUAAGAAUG